CGCUGUUGCUAGGAAACCAGUCCCGGAAGUCGUGGGAAGCGCGCCCCCGGUGGGCGCCGCAAGGUGGCGGAAGAUGGCGGAGGGCGGCGGCGCCGAAAGGGGUGAAGCUGAGAGGAAGUCUUCCAGGCCGGGGCCCCCGAGCGCGCGGGAUUUACAGCUGGCCUUGGCAGAGUUCUAUGAAGAUGAAGCCCAGUGCAAAUCUUCCAAGUCGGAGAGACCUAAACCUGUGAUCUUUAAGAGCCCACGAACACCACCCCAACGAUUUUAUUCAGGUGAGCAUGAAUACAGUGGAUUACGUAUCGUUCGACCUUCAACUGGGAAAAUUGUGAAUGAACUUUUCAAAGAAGCAAAGGAACAUGGGGCCAUCCCUCUGAAUGAAGCCACGAGGUCUUCAGGUGAUGACAAAUCAAAGUCAUUUACAGGUGGAGGAUAUAGACUGGGCAAUUCCUUUUAUAAACGGUCUGAAUAUAUAUAUGGAGAAAGUCAGCUGCAAGAUGUUCAGAUCUUGCUUAAGCUGUGGAGCAAUGGUUUCAGUUUAGAUGAUGGAGAAUUGAGACCUUACAGUGACCCAACAAACGCUCAAUUUUUGGAGUCUGUUAAGAGAGGAGAGAUUCCCUUGGAGCUCCAGCGACUGGUUCAUGGUGGCCAAGUGAACUUGGACAUGGAGGAUCAUCAGGAUCAAGAAUACAUAAAACCGAGACUGAGGUUCAAGGCUUUCAGUGGAGAAGGGCAAAAACUGGGAAGCCUCACUCCUGAAAUUGUUAGCACGCCUUCCUCCCCAGAAGAGGAAGACAAAUCCAUAUUUAACGCAGUUGUUCUUGUGGAUGAUUCGGUGCCAACUACAAAAGUUCAGAUCAGGUUAGCAGACGGGAGCCGUUUGAUCCAGAGAUUUAAUAGCACACACAGGAUCCUGGAUGUCCGGGACUUUAUUGUAAGGUCCCGGCCUGAAUUUGCAAAUCUUAACUUUACUCUUGUGACGUCAUUUCCAAAUAAGGAGCUAACAGAUGAAAGCUUAACACUACAAGAAGCAGAUAUUCUUAACACUGUGAUACUGCAGCAACUAAAAUAAUAUCACUCCUAUCCACGCAGUUGCCGAUAGGAGUAACUAAUGGGCCAUAUUAAUAAGGAGAAUACUGUACUUCCAGCAUAAGAAACUCAAUAUUAUUUUUGUUAAUUGUACAGAUAAAUUUUGGUUUUAUUGAUAUUGUAUCAUCCAGGCUUACAAUAUAGAUGAACUUGGCUUGGUAUGAUCUCAAGAUAAAUAUGUUUGAACUUUUAGUCACAGGGCUGACUUAUAUUGAUAGUUUAUAAAUAUCUAAGCAAAACAGUUUGUUACAUGCUAAGUAUUAAUGUAACAGCGUUCGUUGCAGAGUAAAUGAACAAAACCCCUUUUUGUUAAAUCCAUUUGAUAAAAUUUGCACUAAAAUUUCCUGAUGCAGUAAUGACCAGCAGCCAGUAAGAAUUUCUUUGUCAAGUAAGUUGAAAAUUUUUGUAAUAUUUACUGAAAUCUAUAUUCUAUAUAUUAUGAAAUCAUUUGGUCAUAUUAUAAUUAUUUCAUCCGUUAAGGAUUUAAAUGCCCUUUUUACUUACCCAUUUCGCUGUAUUAGUAGUAUCACAGUACAUUUGUCUUACAUUUAUUUUACAGAAUUAUAACCAUCAUAAACUAGGAUCAGAUGAUUUAUAUAGAUCAGCAGUUCUCAUGAAGGUGUAUAGUCAGCAAUGCUUUAAAGUCAAGUAACUACAGGCCCUCUCAGAGUCUGCCUUGGUCUCAUUCAUUCAUUCAACACUUUUCUAGGAUAUCCUUUACAUAUGCUAAACACGGUUCCAGUCAACCCUAGUUUACUCUGUUCUGGAACAAAGCUAUUGUAGAAAUACAGGAAGGUAAAUUCAGUUAGACUAAAUCUAAAGAAUUACUGGCAUAAGUGUUUGUAUUUCUGCUGAAACCAAGGAUUUCUCCAGUGUGGUACACUACGUCAGGAAUUAAGCUGCAGAAUUCCCGUUCCCAGACCCCUCUUCCUUUUUGGCCACCUUUUCUGCUUUGUUUACAGAGUUGUAGUUUAAAAUAGCAUAGACUUAUUUUCUUAAAAUUCUAUAGGAUGAAAGCCCAGUGUGGGUCUCACUAUGCCAAACUCCGGUAUGAACAGGGCUGCAUUCUUUUUAAGAGGUUCUAGAGAACCAUUUCCUGAUAAUCCAGCUUUUGGGGACUACCCUGAUUCCUUGGCAUUUUGUCCCUUCUUUCAUUUUAAUAACAUCAUGGCAUUGCGUCUCUGACCCUUCUGUGACCACAUCUCCUUGGUAACACCCAGGAAAAAAUCUUUGCUUAUAAGUACUUACACGAUUACAUUAGACCUGCCAGAUACCUAACGGUUAGCACCUCAUUUUAAGGGACAUUAGUAAUCUUAAUCACACCUGCAAAUUGGUUAGCAGGGGUUUUUUUGUUGUUGUUGUUGUUUAAUUCACUUGAAGGAUCCGUGUUCACAGGUUUGGGAAUUAGGAUAUGACCUUGGGCAGAGGGCAUUAGUAUGCUGACCUACCCCAGUCCACCCCUCUCUUAAAAGAGUCACAUUUAUCCUAGAUAAAGUCAUCCCAUCCAGAGGUGCUCAGAAGUCUGAACCUGUAACAGCAUCAACUCAGAGUACAAAAUUUGACUUGAAUUUCUCCACUCAGAAGUCCUAAAUCUCACCGUUCAAAUCAUCUCCUUUAGAGGCUUUGGGUAUGAAUCCCCAGGCGUGGCCUCUCACCACCCAUGAACCUGGAACUUAAACUGUGGCCUCCCUGUAUAAUUGCGUACAGCUGUAGGGUAGGUGACAGACGUUCCUGUUCCAAGAGCAGGAGAUGGGGUGAAAAGCGAGCCAGCCAGUCGCAUCACUAGGCUGCAGGGCCUGGGGAGAAUUUGCAGCUCACAGGCCUUUUCUCCACAGAAGUGCGCAUUUGCAGCCAAAUAAUUUUAUCAGCUUGUUUCUUCCGCUCAGAUCGUGCUCUAUGCCUUUCUUCGAUUAUAAUAUGUCAGAAACUUGAGGGUCUCCUGUGUAUGUGACCAGGGUUUACUCUGUGGAACAGGAGCUUUCUCCUCACAUCUUUCCCACUCUGCUUCUGGAUUUUUCUGACAUAGCUGAGGUGUGUGAGUCACACGCUUACUCUCUUUACAGACUGAAUACUCAGGCCUUUUGAUCUUUCUGAGACACUAGCAAAAGAUGGGGCUGGGGAUUUAGCUCAGCGGCAUAAGCACCUGCCUUGCAAGCAGGGAGUCGUGAGUUCGAUCCCCGGUACCGAUAAAAAGGAAAAAGAACAAAAAAAAAAAAAAAAAAAGAUGGUAGAGUCACGCCGGCUCUCCCUCCACGCAGGCCUCCCUGCUGUGAACUUCUGCUUAUAGUGUCUUGUGCCCUCUGGGUAGGCUGAGAAUUUCCUGAGUCUUUAGAUCCUGGCUUCUUCAUAUUUAUGAGUUCUUCCUUCAGUGUAUCACUCUAGAAAGAAGAGAGCGGGUCAGAUCUUACUGUUUCCUUGAAAGUUUCAGCUAAAUAGCCGUUUAUUGUUUCUAAGCUCCUGCUUCCCAUGUAACUACAGUAUCCAGUUCCGCUGGCCUUGUCACUGUGUGGCGAGGUGUCUUCUGGCUUCCCAGUAGUGUUUUACUCAUUUUCCUGGAGCCCUCAGUGACAGCACCUUCACCAUCUUCUAAGAGGGUGUGGGUGAGCUUUUGGGGAAUCUCCCUGCAGGUUUAGGUGUUCUCUGCCGGCCUCCCCACUUCCUCAUGCCCUCCCUAGCACUAACUUAAUUUUUACUAACGAUCUGUUUAAGGGACUCUGGGUUCGAUCGUGCUCCUCAAAAUUGUUCAGCCUCUGCCACCCCUCAAUCCGAAAACCACUUUGCCUUUUGGACACUUGUAACCAACACCCACCGUCCGACACCUAGAAGAGCCUCCCCUGCUGCUCACUGCCCGGUGACCUGAGCGGACCCUGUUCCUGGGUACUGGUUACUCAGCUUCACACUCUUUCUAGCUGUCUGAACACCAGGGUGCUAUCGCAGCUGCCACGGGCCAAAGUGUGGGUCUCCCUCCCGCGGAGAGUUUUCCUCAGUGCCAUAUAGAAGAGUCUUCCUAAGUCUUCCUGGACAAUAGGAAGCCUGCUGCUUUCUGUUUACUAAAGAGAAAUUGGGUAAUAACAGCCCAGUUCACAAAGAUUAGCAGAAUAAAGUACCAUUUAAAUAGAACAAACUGUUAUCCUGUGGAAAUGACUUGCUGGAGGAGGUGAAUGUCUUUUCCCCUCCAGCACAGGGUCUUGCUGUGUUGUCAGACAGGACUCAGACGACUGGGAUUAAGCAAUCCUCUUGCCUCAGUCUUCCCAGGUAUCUGGGAUUAUAGGUGUGUACCGCUGUGCUCACAAAAAUGAGCAUCUGUAAAUACAAGGGCAUUGCCCUGUUUUGGGUUAACAAAACAGGAAAAAGUUACUUGGAAAAUUAACUUUUUAAAUUAUUUUCUUGUUUCUUUUUAUCAGUUCAGUGAGUACCUAUGGAGGCAUACACGAAAACCACUGCCAUUUUUUGUAUAUAGCGGUCUUCCAAAAUUUAGAUUUAUUUACUAAUGUAAAUAAGAGUUAAGCUUCCAGAAAGAUGAACAGUAUGUUCCUAUGUGUUGCAUAGUGUUUGCAUCAUUGAAAGUCAUUUUCUUGAAUGAUUUUUACUACUGAAGUUACUGUAAAAUUCAUAAUUAUCUCAAAAAGGUCAUAAAACUGAGCAGUUAGACAAACGUGAAGGAAAUUGUUUUGCAUGAUGUGUGUAAUCAAAACUUUGAAGUGUCUGGUCACCAAUAAAGUAUGUUUUCACUGAUACUGAAAA